CUUCGUGCCGCCUCCUUCUCCCUCCGGAGGGAAAAGGCCUUGGAGCUUCCUCCGGGCGCUGGAUCGGGGCCUCCUGGGCGGGAUCAGCGCCAUCUCAUAAGCCAAUUUUGGCCAAGAUACAGAAGAGAGAAAACUUUCUUUGGCCCCAUUGAAGAUUUUUGGAAAUACAGAUCAAUGAUGGUUGAACCAAACCCUGAAACAGGAAGUAGCCCUGAUGCUGUUAAGACCGAGAGCAGUGGGGAAUUCUGGGAAAGAACAGAGCAGAAGGACCUGGGUGAGGACAUGGCCAGCUCAGAUGUGCAGCUCCAGCGUUUCAGGCAGUUCUGCUACCAGGAGGCUGAUGGACCUCGAGAGGUUUGCAACCAGCUCCACUCUCUUUCCCAUCAAUGGCUCAAGCCAGAGCGACACACGAAAAACCAAAUCGUAGACCUGGUGAUCCUGGAGCAGUUCCUGACCAUCCUGCCAGCGGAGAUGGCGAACUGGGUGAGGGAAUGCGGAGCGGAGACCAGUUCCCAGGCGGUGGCCCUGGCAGAAGGCUUCCUCCUGAGCCAGGCAGAGGACCAGAAGGAGGAAGGGCAGCAGGUAAAGGCCCAAUUUCCAGAAGUGGGACCUGAUUUCCCUGCAGCAGAGGCGGCUCCAUCGUCAGACACCUGGCAGAGCCCCCCACAAAGGGGGUUCCGGCCGGAGGACAACGGACGUGCUGCCUUGCAUGAGCCCAAGUGAGGAAAUACACAUUUGCCUCCAGCUGAAGUACCAAAAUCCAAAUGAAAGUUAAGACAUCUUGCAACGACCUCAGGUGUACUUAGACUUGCUGCAAUUCUAGGCAUUUGCCUGUAAGUUCAGUCCUGUUGGGUUGCAAGGGGCUUCCUUCCCAGGCGUUUAGGACGGCAGCCUCCGCUCCUGAGAGCAGCACCUCCUUCUGCCUCCCCAUCCUCUUUGUCUCUUGCAGGGCAUGGAAUGACGUUGGCAAUGAGUACACAGCCGUCUCUUCCUGAAGGAACGGAACCGGGCCAGGGUCUGGUGACUUUCGAGGAGGUUGCUGUGCGGUUCACGGAGGAGGAGUGGGCACUGCUGGAUCCUGACCAGAGAGCACUGCACUGGCUGGUCAUGGAGGAGAACCGGGGGAUCGUGGCCUCUCUCAAAAGUGACAGGUGGGAAAGGAAGAAUAAGAGGGAAACAUUUUGGAUGUCACCGAAAAGAGACAAAUGUAACAACAGCAAACAGCAGAGAAGUAAAACCAAAGUAAAUAGCAAUGGAAGGAACAAUUCCUUUUCUUCUCAGGGCAAUGGCUACCAUGAUAUUACAAUCCAGGAAGAAAUACAUCAAAAAAAGGAAAUGAAAAGUUUCCAUAUGCAGAGGAAAACUUUCAAGUCUGAAUCAAACUUCAAAGUUCAUUGUGAAAUUCAUACCUUGAGGAAACCGUAUCGAUGCUCGGUGUGUGGAAAGAGCUUCAAUGAGAAGGGGACUCUGAUUUCUCAUCAAAGAACUCACACAGUGGAGAAACCAUAUCAAUGCUUGGAGUGUGGAAAGAGGUUCAGUUUGAAGAAAACAGUUAUUUCUCAUCAAAGAACUCACACAGGGGAGAAACCAUAUAAAUGUUUGGAAUGUGGAAAGAGAUUCAGUCGAAAGGCCCAUCUCACUUCUCAUCAAAUGACUCACACAGGGGAGAAACCAUACUAUUGCUUGGAGUGUGGAAAGAGAUUCAGUGAAAAGAAAAAUCUUACUUCUCAUCAAAGAACUCAUACAGGAGAGAAACCAUAUAAAUGUUUGGAGUGCGAAAAGAGCUUCAGUCAUAAGACAACUUUCAAUUCUCAUCAAAGCACUCACACAGGGGAGAAACCAUACCAUUGUUUGGAAUGUGGAAAGAGGUUCAGUUGGAACGCCCAACUUAAUUCUCAUCAAAGAACUCACACAGGGGAAAAACCAUACCAUUGUUUGGAAUGUGGAAAGAGGUUCAGUCAGAAGAAACAUCUUAUUUCACAUCAAAGAAUUCACACAGGGGAGAAACCAUACCAUUGUUUGGAGUGUGGAAAGAGCUUCAGUGCGAAGAUAACUCUUACUUCUCAUCAAAGAACUCAUACAGGGGAGAAACCAUAUAAAUGUUUGGAGUGCGAAAAGAGCUUCAGUCAGAAGGCACAUCUCAAUUCUCAUCAAAGAACUCACACAGGGGAGAAACCAUAUACAUGUUUGGAGUGUGGAAAGAGCUUCAGUCAGAAAUCAUAUUUCAAUUGUCAUCAAAGAAUUCACACAGGAGAGAAACCAUAUAAAUGUCUGGAGUGCGAACAGAGCUUCAGUCAGAAGGCACUUCUUAAUUCUCAUCAAAGAACUCACACAGGCGAGAAACCGUAUCAAUGUUUAGAAUGCGAAAAGAGCUUCAAUCAUAAGACACUUCUUGAUUCACAUCAAAGAAUUCACACAGGGGAGAAACCAUAUACAUGUUUGGAGUGCGAAAAGAGCUUCAGUCAGAAGGCACUUCUCAAUUCUCAUCAAAGAACUCACACAGUGGAGAAACCAUAUCAUUGUUUGGAGUGUGGAAAGAGCUUCAGUCAGAAGAAAUAUCUCACUCAGCAUCAAACGACUCACACAGAUGAGAAACCAUAUCAGUGCUUGGUGUGUGGAAAGAACUUCAGUCAUAAGAGAACUCUCAAUCAGCAUCAAACAAUUCACACAAGGGAGAAAUCAUACGAUUGUUUGGUGUGUGGAAAGAGGUACAGUGAGAAGAGGACUCUUACUUCUCAUCAAAGAACUCACACAGGCCAGAAUCCAUAUCAUUGCUUGGAGUGUGGAAAGAACUUCAAUCAUAAGGGAGCCUUUAAUUCUCAUCAAAGAACUCACACAGAGCAGUUCCACUACCGGGAGCCUGAAGGACCCCGAGAGGUUUGCAACCAAUUCCACAAACUUUCCCAUCGGUGGCUGAAGCCAGAGCGACACACGAAAAACCAAAUCCUGGACCUGGUGAUCCUGGAGCAGUUCCUGACCAUCCUGCCAGCGGAGAUGGCGAGCUGGGGCAUGGAAUGCCCCAGCUCACUUCAUGUUAUCCUUGAGAAGGAAAGUUUUUCUCUUUCCAUCCAGGGUCUGGUGUCUUUUGAGGAGGUUGCCGUGCAGUUCUCAGAGGAAGAGUGGGCCCUGCUGGAUCCUAACCAGAGAGCCCUGCACAGGCAGGUCAUGGAAGAGAACAGGGGGAUCGUGGACUCUCUCGAAAGUGACAGGUGGGAAAGGAAGAAUAAGAGUGAACCAUGUGGGAUGUCACCAAAAAGAGACAAAUGUAACAACAGCAAACAGCAGAGAAGUAAAAACGAGGUGAAUCAGAAUGGAAGCAACGAUUCCUUUGCUUCUCAGGGCAAUGGCUACCAUGAUAUCACAAUCCAGGAAGAAAUACAUCAAAGACAGGAAAUGAAAAGUAUCCAUAUGCAGAGGAAAACUUUCAAUUCCGAAUCAAACUUCAAAGUUCAUUGUGAAUUUCACACCUUGAAGAAAACGUAUCGAUGCCUGGUGUGUGGAAAGAGCUUCAGUGAGAAGGGGACUCUGAUUUCUCAUCAAAGAACUCACACAGUGGUGAAACCAUAUCAAUGCUUGGAGUGUGGAAAGAGCUUCAGUCAGAAGAAAAAUCUUAAUUCUCAUCAAAGAACUCACACAGGAGAGAAACCAUAUCAAUGUUUGGAAUGUGGAAAGAAGUUCAGUCGGAAGGCCCAUCUCAAUUCUCAUCAAAGCACUCACACAGGGGAGAAACCAUACCAUUGUUUGGAGUGUGGAAAGAGGUUCAGUGAGAAGAAAAAUCUUACUUCUCAUCAAAGAAUUCACACAGGGGAGAAACCAUCCCAUAGUUUGGAGUGUGGAAAGAGGUUCAGUAAGAAGAAGCAUCUUAUUUUUGAUCAAAGAAUUCACAAAGGGGAGAAACCAUACCAUUGUUUAGAGUGUGCAAAGAGGUUCAGUAAGAAGAAACAUCUUGUUUCUCAUCAAAAAAUUCACUCAGGGGAGAAACCAUACCAUUGUUCGGAGUGCGGAAAGAGGUUCAGUGCGAAGAUAACUCUUACUUCUCAUCAAAGAACUCAUACAGGGGAGAAACCAUAUAAAUGUUUGGAGUGCGAAAAGUGUUUCAGUCAGAAGGCACAUCUCAAUUCGCAUCAAACCACUCACACAGGGGAGAAACCAUAUCAUUGUUUGGAGUGUGGAAAGAGCUUCAGUCGUAAGACAUUUCUCACUUCUCAUCAAAGAAUUCACACAGGGGAGAAACCGUAUAAAUGUCUGGAGUGCGGAAACAGCUUCAGUCAUAAGACAAAUCUAAUUUCUCAUCAAAGAAGUCACACAGGCGAGAAACCAUAUAAAUGUUUGGAAUGUGAAAAAAGCUUCAAUCAUAAGACACUUCUUAAUUCUCAUCAAAGAACUCACACAGGGGAGAAACCAUAUCAUUGUUUGGAGUGUGGGAAGAGCUUCAGUCAGAGGAGAUAUCUCACUCAGCAUCAAAGGACUCACACAGGCGAGAAGCCAUAUCAGUGCUUGAAGUGUGGAAAGAACUUCAGUCAGAAGCGAUUUCUCACUCAGCAUCAAACAAUUCACACAAGGGAGAAAUCAUACGAUUGUUUGGCGUGUGGAAAGAGGUACAGCGAGAAGAGGACUCUUACUUCUCAUCAAAGAACUCACACAGGUGAGAAUCCAUAUCAUUGCUUGGAGUGUGGAAAGAGCUUCAAUCAUAAGGGGGCCUUCACUUCUCAUCAAAGAACUCACAUAGGGUUUAAACCAUAUCAAUGCUUGGAGUGUGGAAAGAGGUUCAGUCAGACGGCACAUCUCAGUUCUCAUCAUAGAACUCACACAGGUGAGAAACCAUAUAAAUGUUUGGAGUGCAAAAAGAGCUUCAGUGUGAAAUCAAGUCUCAAUUCUCAUCAAAGAAGUCACACAGGGGAG